GAAUAGAAGGUUCAAUUCUCCACCAAGGAAAAAAAAAGGACAAACAUAAAUAUGUAAAUGAAAAACUCAUGGUCUAUAUUAUCAUGACCGUAGAUUAUGAAUCAGUCUAUAUGUUUUGUGUAGUAGCCAUUAAAAUGAUUCUGGAAUAAUUUAUUUCUUUUGAAGAGGAUCAGUCAAAAGAAAGCAAAAGGAUGACUAUGGUGUGAGUUGGUCACUUAAAGUUUUUGAUGUGACUAUAUAGAAUUUGAUCUUGCUUUGGUGCCACUUAUUCUAGAAUAUUAUAUUAAUUUAUAUAUAAAUCAACAGGAAGCUCUAAUUUAUAUUACAUAGCAGUUAAGUAGAAUUGCAUCUUUGCAUUGCAUUGGUGAAAAUGAAGAGUUGUGAUGAAUGGAAACCUUUUAUGAUAAUGAUAGCAAUUGAUUUUUCUUUUGCUGCUGUGAAUAUUCUUCUCAAGAAAGUCCUUGAUGAAGGAAUGAACCAUUUGGUUUUUAUCACAUACCGUCUCUCAAUUGCUACCAUAUUUGUAGCUCCAAUUGGUUACUUUAGGGAAAGAAAUAGCAGACCAAGGCUCACACUUAGAAUUUUAUGCUACCUUUUCUUAAGUGCCAUUGUUGGAGCAUCAGUGACUCAAUACUUUUUCCUUCUGGGGAUCGAAAAUACUUCUGCUACAUUUGCUUGUGCUUUUGUCAACAUGGUGCCUGUGGUCACUUUCCUAUUGGCAUUGCCAUUUGGAUUAGAGACUGUGGACAUCAAAUGCAAUAGUGGUAGAGCCAAAAUUGUUGGUACAUUGGUCUGUAUAGUUGGAGCAUUGUUGUUGACACUUUACAAAGGAAAGGGUCUGUUUAAUUUUUCUCAGCAUGAUCAGUCUUCAUCAGUGAAGCUAGCAUCUACUAGGACACCAGAGAAAUGGAGUAUUGGUGUGAUAGCUUUGAUUUUGGGAACCCUGUUUUGGUCUUUUUGGUUCAUUUUACAAUCUAAAAUAAGCAAAACAUAUCCAUGUCAAUAUUCUAGCACAGCAAUCAUGAGUUUCUUUGGAGCCAUUCAAUCAGCUGUCAUUUGCUUGUUCAUUGACCACAACUUGUCAAUUUGGGUUCUCAGAGGAAAGAUACAAAUAAUUGCUAUUUUGUAUGCUGGAAUAAUUGGAUCAGGUUUGUGUUUUGUGGGGAUGUCAUGGUGUGUAAAGAAGAGGGGUCCAGUCUUUACAGCAGCAUUCAGCCCUUUUGUUCAGAUAAUGGCAGCUAUGAUUGAUAUCCCUGUCUUGCAUGAGCAGCUCUAUCUUGGAAAUGUGAUGGGAUCCAUCUUGGUGAUGAUUGGACUAUACAUUCUUCUAUGGGGGAAGAGCAAAGAGAUGAAGAAUCGUUUGAAUAAGUUAGUUGAGGAAGCUGAAGAAACCAAGGAACAAGAACCACAACCUCAAAUACAACACUUAAAUGUGUCUUGUGAUUCACGGUGUCACUAACACCAAGUCACACUUUUGUAUUCACUUUGUAUUUAGUUCAACGAUACACUAGAAAAAUGUGUAAAAUAACAUAUUAUGAUUUGAUCAACCUGGCUUCUGGAAAAAAAAGCAAGUAUACUUUUGUUUA